AUGCCGCUGCCAAAUAUUAGCUGGAAGUUAUUCGCUGGCGGCCGAUCCACGUCGAGUCCGCCAUCCCCUACUGGACGCACGCCGCUUGCAUCUUUAUACCGCAUGUAUGAGUAUAUUGUUUACGGAUAUACUCUUGGCCUACGAACUGAAAUUGAAUUCUUUUUUAAUAAGCCCGACUGGAAGGUCUCAGAGAUACCCGAUCCCGCCGAUCCAGAUCCGAAACGAUACGCUAUCUUAUCUGUUAUUCCCCAUCUUCUCACAAAGGCCUUCAAUAGACUGAUCAAAAGAGGCUUGCCCCGGGGUUCUCCUGCCAUUAUUAUGGGUGAUGAGGAAUUGGAUGAAUUAGCAUCCCGUCCUCGCAUCCUGGAGACCGUACCCUCUUGGUGUGCGCGCGUUCCCAAACUCGACAAGACCCUCGUUAUCCCUGGUUCAGAUGGCGCAAUCCCCGACGAUGCUGGUGCAAGUUCUGAGUUCAAGGAAAAGAAUAUACUUGUGUGGGAUCCUCCUGUCCUCUUUGUUUGA